AUGAGCAGCCUUCUUCCCCAGAAAGUUUCCAUGGACCUUCCGGUCAUCGACCUCGACGUCUACCUCAACAACCCCGUUGACUCCCCCAAAGUCAAGGCCGAAUGCGAAAAGGCCGCCAAAGCUCUCAUCACCUACGGCGCCCUCGUUCUCCACGAUUCGCGCGUCGCAGAGAAGGACAACGAGACCUUCCUCGAUCUCCUCGAAGACUACUUUGCGCAGCCCGAAGAGGAGCUCCGCAAGGAUGAGCGUCCCGAGCUGAGCUGGCAAAUUGGUGUCACUCUGGAGAACACCGAGAAGCCCAAGUGCGCCGUUGACGAGCCAUGUCUGAACGUCAUCCAGCGCCUUGCGCCCGAGGAGAGGCCAUUGGAUAUUUCCGGCCACCACCCUGAUCCCAAGUGCCGUUUCUUCUGGCGCAUGGCCGAGCAGCCUCCCUACGAGACCAAGUUCCCCGGCUUGAACUCGGAGAAUGUCGUUCCUCAGGCGCCACACAUCAAGGAGCGCUGGAACCCGGCCAUGGAGCAGUGGGGUACCUCGAUGAAGAGCGCCGUCGAGGGUCUCACUGAGAUGACUGCCGUUGGUCUCGGCCUGCCUGCUGGCACCUUUAAGGAUGAGGGCAAAUACGGCCCCCAUCUUCUCGCCCCCACCGCCUCGGACCUCGAAAAGUACGGCCAAAAGGAUACCAUCCUCGCCGGCUUCCACACCGAUCUCAACUUCCUCACCAUCCACGGCCGCUCGCGCUACCCAGGUCUGCACAUCUGGGCCCGCAACACGGGCAAGCGCAUCGCCGUCAAAAUCCCUCCCGGCAACUACCUCUUGGUGCAAGCCGGCAAGCAGCUCGAGCACAUCACUGGUGGUCUGAUCAAGGCCGGCUUCCACGAGGUGGUCGUCAACCAGCGCACUGUCGAUGUCAUGGCGAAGCGCAAGGAGCAGUUCCCCGAUCGCCCAUUGAUCCGCAUCAGCUCGACUUUCUUCUGGCAUCUGAACUCGGAUCACGAUCUUGCUCCUAUCCCCAAGCUCGCUGAGGAGGCGCACAGGUUGCGGGCGGAGCAGUUUAACUUGGGCAGGGAUGAGGGUGAGGAGAAGAGCUACCCGCCGAUGAAGGUCGGCGAGCUGGUGCAGGAGGAGUUGAAGCAUAUUGCUUUGAUGGCUUAG